AUGACUAUUCCAGCGGAGUUACUUCCUCUCUUACAGAGAUCUACGGGGGACUCACGGCCAAUUGUGGUGGCGAUGUGUGGUGUUGCAGGCUCCGGAAAAUCCACCUUGACAAAAUCAAUUGUCGCCAAGUUUCCAACGUUCAGCAGGCUAUCUGUUGACCAAAUGAUAUUUGACGCCCAUGGGUUAUACGGAGUUGACUACCCCAAAGAGCUUUACCAACAAUACUCUUCAGAGGCAAAUCAGAAGUUCAUCGAUGAUUUUCGGCACCUUUUAUCUUGUGACGAGCCUAGAGACGUGGUGCUGGAUCGUUCAUUCUAUGCAAAAGAAGAUCGUGAUGUCUACCGAAAGUUGGCUCAAGAAAAGGAAGCUAGGUUCAUCUUGGUGUUUUUUGAGAUCAGUAAGGAUAAACUAUGGCAGAGGAUUCAACACAGAGCUAUAGGCGAUAGGAAUGCAGAUUCUGCCUUCGACAUCACAUCUGAUAUCUUGGAUAGAUACGUCAGCGGAUUCGAGAGGCCAGAUAAGGAUGAGAUAAGCGUCACCAUUACCAGCUAG